GUAGGUGGCAGUAGUGCGCACCAGAAGGUUGCUUGCCAACCGCCAUUAAAUAAAAGAAAAAGUAGAAGAAUUAAACACGAAGAAGAAACGUUGGAAACUAAGUAAACAGCACGGCGAGAAAAUGACUUUGAUUAAAUUACUUGCCCGAGCUUCUAUUGUCAACAAAGCUGGAUCCAGGUCUAUGUUUACAGCCUCCAAGAAUGACACAACCUCUCCCAACUGGUUGCGAGUGGGUCUUACCUUUGGAUCGUCUGCUUUCCUGUGGGGCCUGCUCUUCAAGCAGCACAGUGACGAUGUCCAUGAGUAUAAAGUUAGGAACGGUCUAAAGUGAAAUCCUGUGCAAGGGGCCACAUCCUUCAGGAUGUGUCUGUUUCGUUCCUCAUGAUUUGAAUUCUGUAAUAAACAUCUGUCAUGUGAAAUAUA